GAUGAAGUAGUGGGGCUGAAGAGCCCAGAGCAAGCAAUCCCGAGGCCAGCGCCCACCGGCUUCGAAGGCGAAGCGCAACUGAGCGAUGCUGUAAGAGGUGCUUUCUAUUCCUUCAUUCCUUUCCCCCCCUCCUUUUUGCUACCUUGAGCACCUCCUCUAUCCAAGUCCUCUUUUCACAAUUCAAAGAUCUCAUAACGACCUACCACGACCUCAACCCCACCGCCAUCGACAUCCUCGAAGAAGAACCCUCGCCCCUCGAAUUCAUGCGCUAUGUCGCCCGCAAUCGGCCCUUCAUCAUCCGCAACGGAGCCUGGGACUGGAAAGCCCGGAAGAGAUGGAACGCUCGCUAUCUCGCGGAAGUAAUGCAAGGCCAGAACGUGAACGUCGCCAUUACGCCGCACGGAAAUGCAGACUCCGUCGCUGAGCUUGAAAGCAGCGGAAUGGUGUUCGUAAAGCCGUACGAGCGCGAAGAGCCCUUCGCCGCCGUCCUCAGCCACAUCCAGCGCCAGGAACUCGACCCCUCCUAUCAAGGCCCAACCCGCUACGCACAAACGCAGAACGACAACCUCCGCACCGAAUACACAACCCUCUUCUCCGACGUUCCCCACUCUAUCCCCUUCGCCCGCGUAGCCCUGCAAAAAGAGCCCGAUGCUAUCAAUUUCUGGCUCGGCAACAAGAAGAGCACGACGGCGUUGCACAAAGACAACUACGAGAAUAUAUACGUCCAGAUCCUGGGGAAGAAGCACUUCGCCCUGCUACCGCCUGUGGAAAGCGCAUGCGUGAAUGAGAAAGCGGUGCUGGCGGGGACGUAUAGGCUGAGAGAUGAAGGUGUGGAGGGAGAAGAGGUGCAGAAGGAGGGCUUGGUUAUUGCGGUGGAUGAACCGGACGAGUAUGUCCCCUUUGCGACUUGGGACCCGGACCGCCCCGUGGAAAACACAACUCGUUUCUCGGAGUGCUCGCUCCCCUUGCGUGUGACGCUCGAGGAAGGAGACAUGUUAUACCUCCCCGCGCUGUGGUACCACAAGGUUUCGCAGUCGUGUUCCGAGGAGGGAAUAUGUUGCGCUGUGAACUACUGGUACGACCUUGACUUCAGCGGUGGGUUUUGGGCAAUGGCGAACUUCGUUCGAGGAGUAGGACUGCUUAGUCUAAAAGAAGACGCGAACAAAGGCGGAGUAGAGAAGACGCAGAGGUCGAAAGGCUGAGAUAACGGGAAGUGAUGUAAUUAAUAUUAGGGGUAUCUUUGAAGCCC